CUGCUGCUGCCGUAACUGGCAAAAUGCACUCGGCCUUGACGUACCAGCCAAUCGCCCGGUGCUCGGCACGUGCUGCUACUCUCCAAUUGCCCCAUGGUCCUGUGCCUUUGCCCAUCUUCAUGCCUNNCGGUCUCAAACCCGGCCAGGCUACACUUGACGCUGUCGGUGGUGCUCAUAAGCUACAAUCAUGGCCACACAACAUCCUGACAGAUAGUGGAGGGUACCUAUACCUCAACCUCGACCACUCUCUCAAACUCAGACUCACACAUGCAGUNUUCCAAAUGGUUUCGCUACUCGAACUCGCCACGGUCACCGAAGAAGGCGUCCGCUUCUUGAGCCCUCACGAUCGCUCUCCCAUGCUCUUGACGCCUGAACACUCCAUCUCGCUCCAAAACAGCAUUGGCUCAGACAUCAUGAUGCAACUCGACGAUGUCAUAGCCACCACCUCACCCGACCACGCCCGCAUCAAAGAAGCCAUGUAUCGCAGUAUCCGUUGGCUGGACCGCUGCAUCGCCGCCCACAAGAAGCCAGAAUCCCAAAACCUGUUUUGCAUCAUCCAAGGAGGUUUGGAUUUGGAAUUGCGCAAAGAAUGCUGUAAAGAGAUGGUUGCAAGAGAUACUCCGGGAAUUGCUAUCGGAGGUCUUUCUGGCGGUGAAGCUAAAGAGGAGUAUUGCAAGGUUGUUGGCACGUGUACGGAUAUGCUGCCACCAAACAAACCACGCUAUGUCAUGGGAGUCGGUUAUCCUGAAGAUCUGGUCGUUUCUGUUGCUUUGGGAGCAGACAUNCGCUUCGGCAAUGCCAUCACCUCGACUGGUGUCCUAAACCUCCGCCACGCCUCCUACGCCGACGACUUUUCCGCCGUAGAUCCAGAUUGCAAAUGCACAAUCUGCCGUCCUGCCUCUGAAGGCGGACUCGGUCUCACACGCGCCUACAUCCACCACGUUGCCGCCAAAGAAACAGCAGGUGCACAUCUGCUCAGCAUACACAACGUACACUAUCUCCUCGACCUCAUGCGCCGCAUCCGAGAAGCCAUUAUCGCAGACACAUAUCCCGCCUUNUUGCGCACUUACUUUGCGACUUUGUAUGCAGGGGACAAGGCCAAAUAUCCUACUUGGGUUGUCGAUGCUCUAAGAGGUGUAAAUGUAGAUUUACUACAGGAC